GUACCGGUACUGGUACCGCACCGGUUGCGCGGUACUUGUACUCGAGUAGUACAGUCGUACCAGUGCCACCGAUACAAGACGAUCACAUCCGACAACCGACAACCACAAUGACAGAAAGUGCCACAAGCAUGAUGACGAAUGGAGGAGUCAAGCAGACACCAGUGUCUUUGGCGGAGCCGCCAAAGUCUACAUCGUGGAAACCGGACAAAAAAUCCAUUUUGGACAAGCUUGCUUCAAGCAGGGAAGAGCGAACCUUCUUCAUUCCUCACAUCCACAAGAUCCUUGGGUUCUCCUGUUUGGCAUCCUUUGUCUAUCGCUAUGCUCACAUUGGACCCACAGAUGGAAACUUUGGGCCCAAUUUUGGCACUCUUGUUUUCAUAAUUCAUCAUUUGUCGCUGCACGCAAGCAGUUUCAUCUUCCGCCUUCCCAAAGUGAGACGACUGCAGGGAGGGUAUCGGAUCUGGCCGGAAUUUAGGUGGCACGCUUUGGGUUUCACCUCAAGAUCGUUGGCCUUCAUUUUACUCAUGUGGCAAGAACAAAUGAAUGGAAUCCCUCCCAACUCCACAAGAUGCUACCAAGAAAUGGAUCUAGUGAUUGUAUUGGCAACCUGUGCCUUUGCAGAUUUGGGGUCCUACAUCGAACGAGAGAAUCAAACACAAACGAUCCGAGGGACCAAGGUCUCGGAUCCUUUUGAGCAUUGGUUUGCAUCCGAAAUGCAAAUCUACUUGACGGCACUAUGUGUGGUUGGAUACAGACGCUACACGCUGCAUCUACUUGCUAUCAGCGUUAUUCAGUGUAACGCUUUUCUGAUGACACUAAAUCGAAAGAAUGUAGCCCCACAAGGUGUUUUGGUCGGCAUCUAUGGCUUCAUGUUGGUUGGGGGGUUUGCUGUCAUCUCUUAUGAUGACAGUUUCAGCCACCGGACGGGUGUUGGCGGCACUGUUGGAGGAAUUGCUGCAAUUCUACGCAUGGGUCCGCUUCGUGUCAACAAAUAUAUUCUUUGGACUGCACUCUGGUGUGUUUGGUAUUAUGUUCGAAUGAAUAGGAUCUUGCCUUACUACAACACUAUGUUUUGGCUCAAAGGCAUGGUGAUUACAAAGAUAUUGAGCACGUUCUUGGGCCUUAUCAAGCGAUCUAGAGCUCCCAGGGAGAGCAGGAGCUCUCUGGUUGCCUUUUUGGUCUUUGCAACCCACGCUGCCCUCUUUGCUUGGUUGUAUUGGAUGAAUUUUGUGAGGAGCAGACGAUGAAGAAGAACUCAAAUUUCAUAGCAAUUUUGGUCGAUUGAUGCUAGCUAGUAAAAACCUGUCUGUGAAGAAGUCGAAGGCCUCAAUUUCCGGUAGAGACCAAUCCUUUUAGUUUCAAAUGAUCAGCUUUGAAAUCAAUGAUUCACCGUGCUGUCAGCCUCACUCGUCUGUACCGGAUUGACGGACAACCCGACUUUAAUAGUUGGUGAGCAUUCUCUGCCGAGUGUGUUUUCAUCUG